AUGGCUGAAACAGACGACGGGAAAGCCGCUCAUGGUUUCAACUUGACUGUGGAUUACGGAACACCACUCGACACCCAGGAAAUGCUCGACAUCGAAGACGACGAAGAGAGGGAGCGCAGAAUAGGCAACCUCCUCGAAAGAUUAAACACAUCCCCCCAUUCCACAACACCGCGCUCAGAACCACCCUUGUCUUUUGAUUUUGGCGAACGCAAGACUUUCCAAGUCGACCCUCCAGACGAGCUUCUAGCACGAAUCAAAGACUUCUUACCUCGUCUUGAAGCAGAAAAUGCUAUCCUCGCCCAGCGCGCCCAAGCUGAUCCUGAAAGUGUCGAUAUCGAGAAUGUAGAAGACUCAGACCGAUACAUCGAGAUGAACCUCGGUCUGGGAGUAUUUGAAGACCGAAGUAAACGACCAGGGGAGUCUGAGACGCAGAGCAGCUCCAGUGAAGAAGACGGUACGUCUGACACGUCGUCUACGUCGACUUCGUCAUCGUCAUCGGACGAAGAACUCUCGGAUAGCAGCUCAGAUGAAGAUGACAAUGCAUCGUCAAGGCCCGUUAAACCUCUUCCCAGUAGGACUACACGAAGGCCUCACAUAGAGGUUUUACAAGACACUACCACCGGCUCAUGA